GUGACGCAGAAUCCCGGAGCCACCCGGAAGUCCCGCACCAUCAGGGAAGUCGCGGCGACAGCUAUGGGUCCGGGCUGGUCUCCCGCGCGGCGUUUGUGGCCGCUGCUGUGGCGCAUAGCGGUCUCCCAGAGAGUGGGCACCGCAGUGGCUUCGGUUCCCUGGCUACCGCGGCUGGCAGAGCGAUGGCUUCCCGCGGGGCCCGCGACUUGCCUGACCCCGAGCUUGACGCGCGGCCUGCACCAGGGGCCUCAGCCGGAGGAGCGGACCGGUGACGACGCUCGCCUGCAGCCCGGAGCCGCAGAUAACAUUGGUGCCAAGUUUGACAUCGAUAUGCUGGUUUCACUUCUGAGGCAAGAAAAUGCAAGAGACAUUUGUGUGAUCAAGGUUCCUCCAGAAAUGAGAUACACAGACUACUUUGUAAUUGGUAGUGGGACUUCCACCCGACACUUACACGCUAUGGUCCACUACAUUGUGAAGAUGUAUAAACACCUGAAAUGUAGAAGCGAUCCGUAUGUCAAGAUCGAGGGGAAGGACACUGAUAACUGGCUGUGUGUGGACUUUGGGAGUAUGGUGAUCCAUUUGAUGCUUCCAGAAACCAGAGAAACCUAUGAAUUAGAGAAAUUAUGGACUCUACGUUCUUUUGAUGACCAGUUAGCUCAGAUAGCAGCUGAGACGUUACCUGAAGACUUCAUUCUUGGACUAGAAGAUGACACUUCAUCCCUGACUCCAGUGGAGUUCAAAUUACCUUCACCCCAGCUCUGGAAAAGGACCAGCUGAAAUGACCACAAAUCACAACAGCAGCAACGUGCAACGCAUGGAGGCUCUGCUGGUAUGCAAUGGAAGCCACUGCUCUGAAAGCACGAGGACCUGCCCAACAGAGCCAGCCAAGUCUGAAACCGCUGUGCUCUCUCCACACUGGAGAUGGAGCCCAGACCAACGGUAAGUCAUAUGUGCGGUUGGCACAUAACUUAAGUGACUCAUUGGCCAUCUGAAGCUGGAAGAGGACGUUUCUGAACAUCACCCAUCUUCUCCAGGUCUAGUUCCAUUCCCCAGCCAUCUCACUGGCCAUAAAUUAUUUCACAAGGGAAUUUAAUUUCCCUCUGAGGCACAGGCAGCUUGUGGGAACGACCAUCCACUUGACUAUCUGUACAGUGUGUUCUCACAUGGAAUCCAGCAUGAGAAGCCAUGUUUUCCGGAUCUGCCCCAGAUAAGCACACCAUUUCUUUCUGACAGGCAGACCUGCGCAAACAGAAGAGAAGCCUCUGAGCAUCAUCCUUCUGACACACUCCUUGGGUCGCUCAACACACAGGAGACCGGUUCCUGCAUAUACUCUUUGAGGGUGAAAGAGGCACAGGACAAAAGCUGCUUCCCAGGGGAUUGCUGCCAGAUGCCUAUGGCAAAGCUUCCUUUGGACUCUUGGCAAGCUCUGUGCUGUGUCUUGAAAUAAUGAGAACAGAGCUGUGAGGCCGAACGUUUGCAUAACUGGUAAAGUCUGCCAGUGAAUAAUUCCUAAUCACCCGCUAUCAAGAAGAUACAAGCAACAGCAAACAGUGAGGUUAAGUGUAUUUAUUUUACGGGGAACAAAAUCUCAGGCAUCACAAAGGCAUGGAGACGUGCCUGGCAGCCAAGCGAUCAGCCUCCAGGAACCUGGCAGAGCUCCAGUGUUUUCCUUUGGCCUGUAAUAGGUACUGGGAGGAGGGAGGAGUUGUUUUUAACUAGAUUUGGGUCUGGAACUAAAACGAAGUUUACUCAACUCUAUGACCUGAACAGAAUACUAAAGCUUUAAAAAAAAGAAAGAAAGAAAGAAAGAAAGAAAGGAAGGAAGGAAGGAAGGAAGGAAGGAAGGAAGGAAGGAAGGAAGGAAGAGAGAGAAAGAAAGAAAGAAAGAAAGAAAGAAAGAAAGAAAGAAAGAAAGGGAAGAGAAAAAAAGAAUGAAAAGAAAAAGGAAGUUUUUUCCAUAAUGAAGUAAACCAAGGCUUCAUAUGCAAUGAUGUACUUGUUUUACUGCACCCACAAUGAAAAAUCUUAAAGACUACAAGAUACUACCUGGCCUUAGAAGGAGAUAGCAAUUUGUUCUGUUUCUCAGAGUGCCUCUGGUAACCUACAAAGAAUGCUUGCUCAUCUUUAUUGUCCCUGUCAAAGCAGAAUACUUGCCACUUCAAGGUCAAACUACUAUCUUGGAGCCUUCAGAGAAGAGUGUAAAGAAGCUAUCAGAGUUGUGAAGACAAGAGCCCACAGGUUUAUUUCUGCCAACCCAACUGCAAGCUGCCAACAUGGCCAGCUAAGACACUGCAUGUGCACUUUGCCAGCUCCAGCUCUUGUCUGGCUCUCUAGCUGCCAACUCUCACUUCCCUACUGUUUGGGCAUUUCUGAAAGGAGCAUUUCCUGUCAUUUAUAAACGAGAGGCUUGCCAAUUAAGCACUGAGUGAACCAGCUUUCAGGCAGGAACUAGAGACUUCUGAAAUCUUUUGAAAGAUACAUCACUUUGGCUGUUUGGAGAAAUCAGCCUCACAGGUUCUGGGAGAAAUACUUUGGAAGGAUGAGUGGGUGGAGAUCCGGCAUGGAACAGGGGCAAGAAGUUUAUCCAUAGACAGUACACUCAAUACACUUCAUUCUACCCUCACAAAACAGAAAUUAAUAAAUCUACAUAAAGAAGACAGAUAAUUCUAAAAGUCCACAAAAAGUCUUGGGGGAGGGGGUGCUAGGGCAUAUUUGGGUUGGAGAUUUACCGCAACAAAAUGGCGCCCAACAUAUUUAUUUGAACUCAACUAACCUGAGAUAAAAAUUCACUGCCCCCCAACCCCUGAAUGGGGCUUGGGCAGUGAUAAAAACUGUGGCACUAUGGAUUCGAAGCUGACUGGGUUUGAGGGGCCUACAGAGAAGGGCAGUGAGGCAUCUACGCCGGAGAGAGCUUUUCUGUGUUCACUUCCCUGUAUCCUUCGCUCCCAACCCUGCCCCGCCCCCCAAACAGGGACACAGACAACGAAUGUCUUUCUACACUCAGCUCCUCGCUAUGAAUAAAGAAUUGGGAGACAAAG